AUGGCAGAAGUCGUGCAGAAACAUCUGGCGGUGCAGGACCUCUCGAAGCUCAAGAUUGAGGAGCUCACGCCACUCACGCCGGAGGUCAUUAGUCGUCAGGCCACGAUCAACAUUGGAACUAUUGGCCACGUCGCUCACGGCAAGUCGACGGUCGUCAAGGCCAUUUCGGGUGUGCAGACGGUGCGGUUUAAGAACGAGCUGGAGCGAAACAUCACCAUUAAGCUCGGCUAUGCCAACGCCAAGAUUUAUCGCGCUGAGAACGGCACGGGUAUUGGCUGCUACCGCGCGUUUGGCAGCUCCAAACCUGACCGUUUUACGGACGAAACAGAUGACAAGUUGGUGUGGGUGCUGCAGCGCCAUGUGUCGUUCGUCGACUGCCCUGGUCACGACAUUCUUAUGGCUACGAUGCUGAAUGGUGCGGCAGUCAUGGAUGCUGCUUUGCUUCUAGUUGCGGGUAACGAGGUGUGUCCCCAGCCACAGACAUCCGAGCACUUGGCUGCUAUCGAGAUCAUGCGCUUGCAAAACAUUAUCAUCUUGCAGAACAAGGUGGAUCUGAUCAAGGAGGACGCUGCCGUGGCCCAACAUGAGCAGAUCAAGAAAUUCGUGGCUGGUACAGUCGCCCACGAUGCGCCGAUCAUCCCAAUCUCGGCCGUGCUGAAGUACAACGUGGACGUGGUGUGCGAGUACAUUUGCAGGAACAUUCCCAUCCCAAAACGUGACUUCACAUCGAAGCCCAAGCUGAUUGUCAUCCGCUCGUUUGACGUGAACAAACCUGGCGAGGACGUGGAAAACCUGAAGGGUGGUGUUGCUGGUGGCUCAAUUCUGGAAGGUGUGCUGCGUGUUGGCGACGAGAUCGAGGUGCGCCCCGGAAUUGUCAGCAAGGAUGAGGAAGGCAAGAUGACGUGUGUCCCCAUUUUCUCGCGCAUCGUGUCGUUGUAUGCUGAGAAAAACGACCUGCAGUUUGCUGUUCCCGGCGGACUGAUCGGUGUCGGAACGCACAUUGACCCGACACUUACUCGUUCGGAUCGUCUCGUGGGUCAGGUGCUGGGUCUGAAGGGCAGCUUGCCUCAUGUGUUUACGGAGCUGGAAAUCAACUUUUACCUGCUAAAGCGUCUGCUAGGUGUGAAGACCCAGGAGGGCAGUAAGGCCUCGAAGGUGCAAAAGCUGUCAAAGGCCGAAGUACUGAUGGUCAACAUCGGCUCUACCGCCACUGGUGGAAAGGUGCUGGCUGUGAAACAGGAUCUUGCUAAGAUUCUGCUCACGGUUCCCGUGUGCACGCAGGAAGGAGAGAAAAUCGCCAUCAGUCGUCGGAUUGACAAGCAUUGGCGUCUCAUUGGCUGGGGCCAGAUCCGCCGUGGCAGCCGAAUCGAGAUUGCGGACUCCGAAUAG